UUGUAGUAUUAUCGAAAAAGCAAUUAACUCAUCUCCACUUUUAAAACAAAUCUUUGAACUUCGAACCAAAGAAUGGUUUCAAAAAAUUUGGCAACCAACAAUUACUUUUGAUAUAAUUCUUCAAUAUAAACAAAAAAAUGGUGAACUUUACUAG